GUGACAUAAGGGCUCUUGAUUGCGAUAAGAUGAUUGGUUCCCACUCGAGUUUUAGUGGAUUUUCUCCCCAAUAGUAAAAUCUACAGGGCUCGGAAUUGGAAUCUCAUUUUUAUAUCUUGAUUUCGAUUCGUCUUAUAUUUACACUAGAACAUUUUGAAUUUGAGGCUUGAACGAAAAUUUUGUAGAGCAAUUCAUAUUCGGUCUCACAAGCCAAAGCACGCGAAAAUUGCCUACCUGAGGCACUAGUCAACCUAGCAAUCGAGCUCUCGCUCAAGAUACACAAACAUAAAAACCGAAGAAAUAAAAGAAAAGAAGAUGCCAGAGCACAAAACAUACAUAGUCGAACACCUCGACCCCGAACUCGGGCAAUGGUCUGAACUUGAGUACAUCGCGAUUGCGGAGGAGACGCAACGAGCUGGCAAUACGUUCAUGCUAUCAUCUCUACCCGAAGAAUUCAAAGUACCGGAGAAGCUCGAGAGGGUGCCGGCUUUUAAGGCUGAGAGGAGGGGCGUGGAGGAAUUGUAUGGAGAGCCGGGGAAGAAGGAGAGGGUUUGUCUGCUAGAUCCCCAGGCUGAGGAGGAUUUGAAUCCUGAUGAUAAGGGGGUGUUUGAUGUGUUUUUAUUUGGGGGGAUUUUAGGUGAUGAUCCACCGCGAGAUCGAACAUCUGAAUUACGGAAGAAGGGAUUUAAGGGACGCCGGUUAGGCCCUGUGCAGAUGACAACAGACACGGCGGUGCGUGUAACGCGGAUGGUUGUUGAGGAGCAAUUCACGUUAAAUAAAAUUCCCUACCUCGACUUCCCAGAGCUCAAAUUCAACGAACAUGAGAGCACGCAAAUGCCAUUUCGAUAUGUGAAGGGAGAUGAUGAGAAGCCAAUCAUGCCCGAGGGUAUGGUGGACUUGAUCAAGAAAGAUGCGGAUAAGAGCAUUGACGAUCUCUUUUAAGCCUGCAUUUUCGACUCUUGGUGGUGGUGGGUUAAGCGGUCAUAAAAUCACCGGACUCGCCUGAGGUGUAAUGGGAUCACAGGUAAGAUAAAAUAAUAGGCUUGGGGAAGAAAAAGGGGG